AUGGACGAUGUAAAGCCAACGGCCAGAUGGGCCAAUCGCAUGUUGCGCCCUUUGAAAUCAGUCUACCGCCGACUCGAGAAAUACCAUGAAACGUUAGCGAUCAUUGCAUCAGAUUUGGGCGCAGUGAACUCCGAGGCAAAAACGUCUACCGAGACACAAUGUACCAGCGCCACGUUGAAGGCAGAGGAUUGGGAACUUGGGUCAGACGCAGACGAGGAUGACCCUGUCUGGAUACCCGGGAAGAAGCCCGAUGUGCGUCGCGUUCGACACAGGUACUCAACUCGCAAUGAAGGCGAUGGGCGGAAACGACGAGUGCGUCACUCGAUACACAGCCCUGAGGUCAACCGUGUUUUGCCUGGCGCGAUCAAUCUUGCGACACCUGUGAUUACCGGAAAGCGAUGGGAGGCACCGAUGAGCAGGAGAGCUGAUCCCCCGGUCUCGGAAGCGAGGUCGAAGAUAAAGCGUGGGAGCACGGUUGUCUCGAAACACAAAAAUGCCCGUCUAUUACGCUCAGCCUUCGCACAACGAGCCUUUGGCGAGACUGUCGACUCCGAGUUUGCUGCCAUCGUACAGAGUCUCGAACAUGCCUUGAACAAUUUCCUCAGAAACACUACCCUGGAUGAAGAAAUAGAGCCAGGCAGACCUCAUGUGCCUCAUGGAACCCGAUCGCUCAUGGCAACCGCGAUUCGUAGGCUGCCUGCGUUUAUCCAGCGUGAGCAAGAUAUACAAGACGAGCACGACAAUGAUGCGGAUGAAGACAUGUGCGACGCCUACUUCACUGAGCUGGAAUGUUUCUACGCGCCACACGGUCGCGGAUGGAAGCCACUCCGGCAGGCUGUGAGAGCCCAGGGACUGUUUUACGUGUCAAGCAUGAUCAGGAACAGGUGGCUAAAUCACGCCAUUGUGGGCAAUAUGAUUGCGGUUUAUCACGAUCUUCACCCGGAUGCAGGCAAAUAUUUGCUCUCUGUCUUUCUUUCUACGGUUACGUCUUAUCCUUACCCAACCACACUCACGUCGGUCCUAGGUCGUGGUCCCGGAGCUCGGGAUGGGAGUGGUGAUCCACUGACACUUCUUCACUCCUCCAUGUACCGUGGUGAAGGUUGCGAUUCAAUAGUCUUCCAUGAGCUUGCCAAGGUUCUUAUACGGGGAACAUUACCUGCUGAGUGGAUGGCAACGCAUGCGUGGACUAAUUGGAUGUAUCGCGCGACGAUGUCUCUCGAGAUGGGGGAUCAAUACCAUGCAUCAGCGUCCCGUCUGAUCGAAGCAGCUUUGUUGUCAGCAGCCGGCAUACUUCCAGCGGCUGAGUCCAACAAAGGAGCAGAAAUGAGUCAGCGGCGCCGGCGCAAUCCUGUUCAUGAGAGGCAGACACGACACUCGAAUUCCUCUCCGAAGUUGAGAGAAGUGCAGUCUCUGCGAAACUGCCCUGUGCCAGUCGAGGAUGCCUUGAACAAUCAGGUGCUAAGUCUUCUGGCGACAAUGUGUGGGCUGCAUAUUACCCGAUCCCGACACUCUUCCGGCUUUGAGGACCCCGGGAGCGCUCGAUUUGGGCACACUGUGAGCUAUCUUCGAGUCAUGCUUGAUAGAGCCAUAGAGACGCAGCCACUUUCUCACGUCUCUUGUGUUCCGUCAUGUGAACUAUUGAGGCGUGGAAGUAUCUUACUGGCUGACUUUAUUUUGCAUUGUAAUGACCUCGUUCUCGGCAAAAAGCCCUGCGAUGGAGCAACGACUACAAAUGCUGUGGAUGUCUACUGUGAGAUUUUGGCAGCUCGCUCUGAGCUCAUCAGGGAACUAGCACUGUUCUGCCGACAAGUUUUUCGAUGUUUUGGACGAUGGGCUGAGACAGACGGGAGCGAGACUCGUGGAAUGAUCGCCCAGGUUGCUAGCAUAGACUCGUCGCUCGCUGUGAAUACCCUGCUCGGUCGAGUAGCGGUUGAAGCGGCCAUGGAAUUCGCCGAACACACCGGAGACCCAGAUGACCAUGUGUGGGCCAUUGCGAUUCAGGAAAAGGUUAUUUCUCGACUUGGAGAAAAGAAAUCACAACCAAAUCGACGUGAGCAGAUUUUUCCAAACGAGUGUUACCGCUGGGAAGAGAGCAUUGGAGAAUGGAUCACCCGCACCCCGGCUGUCAAAGUCAAUGUCCCUCCGUUGGUUGUCAAGGGUGGUUCCUGCCUGCCCACUUCGGUUCAAAUGGUCGACAAAUCAUGUCUCACAGAUCGCAGCUCCCAGGACUCCGAUCGUGAGUCCGAAGCUAUACAGGAGACUCCAGCUAGCUCAUUUACAUCUCCGUGCUCGGCAGGUGUGAAGCGCAUGCGUGAGGACAUCGAUUCAUCUCCCUUGCAGGUCGCUAAACGACAACGCGCAGCGCCCGUCAUCAUCAAUCAUGCAGAGAACAAUUACAGGAGACGGAGUGGGUACGAGCGCGCUGCCCCAGGUCCUCAAUUUCCACCCACCGAGCAAUCUCCGCCUCGGUCACAAUGUCGUGUUCUACGUGAAAGGCCUUCUCGCCUCGCGAAUAGGAAAGAGCCAAUCGCCGCAAAGCCGCGCUCUGAGAAGGAGAUGGUCGAGGUAGUCGUGUACAACGGCCAUGAAAGAGAGAGUACUCGUCCGCAAAGAUACCUUACACUCGCCCCCGGGCCGGACCUGGAAGUGGUGGUCGAUAAGCGUCCACGUCGAGCAGUGGACCGACGCAGGUCCACAAGGUCUAAAUCCUUGAUUGCAUCUGACCGGCAAGCCCACCAGGUAGUGCGGCGCCGGUCUAUGGCCAUACCUUGUACAGAUGAGGACAGUGACGAUGAGCUGAGCUUUUUGUGA